UCGGCGGCCGCCGCCAUGUCCAAGGUAACGGCGCCCGGGCCCGGGCCGCCUGUGGCUGCGGCGGCGGGCGGGAAGGAGAAGCGCUCCUUCAGCAAGCGGCUGUUCCGGAGCGGCCGCGCGGGUGGCGGCGGCGCGGGGGGCCCCGGGCCGGCCGCGCCCUCCUCGCCGUCCUCAGCGCGCUCGGUGGGCAGCUUCAUGAGCCGUGUCCUCAAGACGCUGUCCACGCUCUCGCACCUUAGCUCCGAGGGCGCCGCCCCGGACCGCGGCGGCCUCCGCAGCUGCUUCCCGCCCGGGCCGGCCGCCGCGCCNNCGCCACCGCCCGCCUCGCCUGCCUCGCCCGCGCCGCCCGCCUGCGCCGCCGAGCCGGUGCCCGGCGUGGCGGGGCUCCGCAACCACGGCAACACGUGCUUCAUGAACGCCACGCUGCAGUGCCUCAGCAACACCGAGCUCUUCGCCGAGUACCUGGCGCUGGGCCAGUACCGGGCGGGGCGGCCCGAGCCCUCGCCCGACCCCGAGCAGUCCGCGGGCCGCGGCGCGCAGGGCCAGGGCGAGGUCACCGAGCAGCUGGCGCACCUGGUGCGGGCCCUCUGGACCCUGGAGUACACCCCGCAGCACAGCCGCGACUUCAAGAGUAUUGUGUCAAAGAACGCACUGCAAUAUCGGGGAAAUUCCCAGCAUGAUGCCCAAGAGUUUCUGCUGUGGCUUUUGGAUCGAGUUCAUGAAGAUCUUAAUCAUGCUGUAAAGCAGAGUGGCCAGCCUCCUCUGAAGCCACCAUCAGAGACUGAUAUGAUGCCUGAGGGACCAUCUUUUCCUGUGUGUAGCACUUUUGUACAAGAACUUUUUCAAGCCCAGUACCGAUCUUCUUUGACAUGUCCUCACUGUCAGAAACAGAGCAACACUUUCGACCCUUUCCUCUGCAUUUCUUUGCCUAUUCCUCUACCCCACACAAGGCCUCUCUAUGUCACUGUAGUGUAUCAAGGGAAGUGUUCUCACUGCAUGAGGAUCGGUGUGGCCGUGCCUCUGUCUGGGACUGUCGCCAGACUUCGGGAAGCAGUGUCUAUGGAAACAAAGAUCCCCACUGAUCAGAUUGUGUUAACAGAAAUGUACUAUGAUGGAUUCCAUCGUUCAUUUUGUGAUACAGACGACCUGGAAACAGUCCAUGAAAGUGACUGCAUUUUUGCCUUUGAGACUCCAGAAAUAUUUAGGCCUGAAGGAAUUCUCAGUCAAAGAGGAAUUCACUUAAACAACAAUCUGAACCACUUAAAAUUUGGCUUAGAUCAUCAUAGACUGUCUUCUGCUACACAAACAACAGCAAAGCAAGGGAAAAUGGAUCAGCCCACCACCAGAGCAGGAAGCGACAAGAUCGUCCUGUUGGUGUGUAACAGAGCCUGCACUGGGCAGCAAGGGAAGAGAUUUGGACUGCCUUUUGUCCUGCACUUGGAGAAGACAAUAGCAUGGGACCUUUUACAGAAGGAAAUCUUGGAAAAGAUGAAGUAUUUCUUGAGGCCUACUGUUUGCAUUCAGGUAUGUCCAUUCAGUUUGCGUGUGGUCAGUGUUGUGGGAAUAACCUACCUGCUGCCCCAGGAGGAGCAGCCCCUGUGCCACCCGACAGUAGAAAGGGCAUUAAAAUCUUGUGGACCAGGUGGUACUGCUCAUGUGAAAUUAGUAGUAGAAUGGGACAAAGAGACAAAAGACUUCUUGUUUGUAAAUACUGAAGACGAAUACAUCCCUGACUCAGAAAGUGUCCGUCUACAGAAGGAACGUCAUCAUCAGCCUCAGACCUGUACUUUAUCCCAGUGUUUCCAACUCUACACCAAGGAGGAGCGGCUUGCCCCAGAUGAUGCCUGGCGUUGCCCACACUGUAAGCAGCUGCAGCAGGGGAGCAUAACACUAAGCCUGUGGACUCUGCCCGAUGUGCUUAUCAUACACCUCAAGAGAUUUCGCCAGGAAGGAGACAAGCGUAUGAAACUUCAGAAUAUGGUCAAGUUUCCCUUGACUGGCCUGGACAUGACACCUCAUGUGGUUAAGAGAAGCCAGAGCAGCUGGAGUUUGCCAUCCCAUUGGUCCCCAUGGAGAAGGCCCUAUGGACUCGGGAGGGACCCUGAGGACUACAUCUAUGACCUGUAUGCUGUGUGCAAUCAUCAUGGCACCAUGCAAGGGGGGCACUACACAGCUUAUUGUAAGAACUCUGUGGAUGGUUUCUGGUAUUGCUUUGAUGACAGUGAUGUGCAGCAGCUGUCAGAAGACGAGGUGUGCACACAGACAGCCUACAUCCUUUUCUACCAAAGGCGGACAGCCAUCCCGUCAUGGUCGGCCAACAGCUCAGUGGCAGGCUCCACGAGUUCUUCCCUGUGCGAACACUGGGUGAGCCGGCUCCCAGGGAGCAAGCAAGCCAGCGUGACCUCAGCAGCUUCUUCCAGACGCACCUCCCUGGCCUCACUCUCAGAGUCUGUGGAGAUGACUGGGGAAAGAAGUGAAGAUGAUGGAGGCUUUUCAACUCGACCAUUUGUGAGAAGUGUCCAGCGUCAGAGCUUGUCAUCCCGAUCUUCUGUCACCAGCCCUCUGGCCGUCAAUGAAAAUUGCAUGAGACCUUCUUGGUCCCUGUCUGCUAAGCUGCAGCUGCGUUCCAGUUCACCCUCCCGAUUCUCAGGGGACUCUCCAGUUCACAGCUCUGCCUCCACCUUGGAGAAGAUCGGGGAGGCAGUGGAUGACAAGGUCUCCAUUUCUUGCUUUGGUAGUUUGAGGAAUCUUUCUAGCAGUUACCAGGAACCAAGCGGUAGCCACGGUCGGCGUGAGCACAAAGCUGUGGGCCGGGCCCCAUUGGCUGUCAUGGAAGGCGUGUUCAGAGAUGAGUCAGACACCCGAAAAUUGAACUCCAGUGUUGUAGAUACACAGAGCAAAAACCUAGCACAAGGGGAUCACUUACCUCCAGUCUCUGAUCCAUUUGAUAACAACAAUCAGAUUGCUUAUGUGGAUCAGAGUGAUUCUGUAGACAGCUCUCCAGUCAAAGAGGUGAAGCCCCCGAGCCACCCAGGCUCACUCACAAAGAAACCAGAGAGCACAACCAAGAGAUCCCCCAGUUCCAAAGGCACUUCUGAGCCAGAUAAAAGCUUGCGGAAGGGGAGGCCAGCCUUGGCAAGCCAGGACUCCUCUCUUUCAAGUACAUCCCCUUCUUCUCCUGUGCCAGUAAAAGUCUCUCUAAAGCAUUCCCGCUCUCGAAGCAAAGCAGAUUCAUCUUCCAGGGCCAGUGGGCGGCAUUCAUCCCCUGCCCCUGGCCAACCCCGAAAGGAGGCGUCCUCCAAGUCCCAGGACUCUGUGUCAUCUCCUUCACCACAGAAGCAGAAGUCAGCUGCUGCCCUUGCCUACACUGCUUCCUCUACGUCUGCCAAAAAAGCCUCAGGCCCUGCCUCCAGGGGCCCCUUCCCUCCUGGGAAGAGCAGGACUUCAGACCGGACCUUGAAUAGAGAGGGCUCCAGACAAAGCCUGGGUUCUGAUAGAGCCAGCGUCACCUCCAGCUCCAAACCCAGCUCUCCACGGGUGAGCCAGGCCAGGGUGGGGGAAGGCAGAGGUGACGGCAAACAUGUCCGGAGCUCUUCCAUGGCCAGCCUGCGCUCCCCUAGCACGAGCAUGCGGUCCGGUCUGAAGAGAGAUAGCAAGUCUGAGGACAAGGGGCUGUCUUUCUUUAAGUCCGCCUUGAGACAGAAGGAAACUCGGCGGUCCACCGAUCUUGGCAAGACAACCCUGCUCUCUAAAAAGGCUGGUGGGAGCUCUGUCAAGUCGAUUGGUAAGAAUGUUAUGGAUGACAAGGCCGAGAAAGGCUACCAGACUCCAGGCUCCCUGCAGCCAAAUGCAAAUGCAGCUGGAAAGGAGCCUGUCUCCAAGGACCCUCCUUCUGCUAAACAUUCCCUGCUGUCUGCUCGAAAAUCCAAGUCUUCCCAGCUAGAUUCUGCAGUUCCUGUGUCUCCCAGUGGCAGGCAGUUUGCUGAGAAAGCCUCCAAAAAGUUACCUGCUAGCAUGCAAACCUCUGCACGGCCUUCUCAGAAACCUCAGUGAUAUUUCUGCAGUCCCCAAGUGUUUUAUCUGUAAAGAUGUUUAUUUAUUUAGAAGCUCCCCCUCCCACCAAAGCCCUUUAUGCUUUUGUUUUGUAUUUUUGGGGGUAAUAUGCCUGACUGUGUGCGUGUGUGUGUGUGUGUGUGUGUGUGCGCGUGCGCGUUUGUGUAUGUAUGAGGACAAUUCAAUUGCAAAUUGUUAAAAGCGUCGCCUUAUUCUGCCGUUGAACCAAAUAACAGCCAUAGGCAAAGCAUCGAUGCCAAGCUAACUGGAAUAAUUGUAGAUGAUACCCUGGACAGCUCCUUUAGCAGAUGUACAUAUUUCUUUGUAGAGAACUCUGAUGACUUUCAUUGGACACUAGGGUUCUGAAGCCUGUGGGCCAGUUAAGCUAUCAUUAGUGCAUAGGUUUUGACUUGCGUUUCAUUUGAGCAGGAUCUGCCCUCACUGGAAUUUUCGAGCGGCACCAGGAGCUCUAAAAAUUGUGACGCUAACAAUAAAACAGAGGGAAAAACUUGCUUUCUUCACUUUCACCCCAUCUACUAGUCUUUGUAAAGGGCAAUAUUUUAACACUAAUGUUUCUCAGGUAUAAAUACUCAGCCAGUCCAGGAUGGAUGUGCAUCAGUAAAUGGAUUUAAGAGGAAGGUGACAUGUGAGCGACUGGGUCAUUUCUCUUACUGCCACAGAUGGAAGUUUCAGAGGUAAACAUGAAAUCUUUCACUACCUUCAUAUCUGCAGAGAUCUGCGUACCCUGCCCCAUCUUAACACUUGGGAUAUGUCCUAAGGUGGCAGACUGGAUAACCAGAAAGCCAGUCACUAGUUAAAUUAUUUUCCUUCUACAUUUGCUAGCUAAGGCCAUUGGGAUUUUGAGGUGUAGCAGAGCAGCUAAUACCUUUAAAAGAAACCUGGAAAGAAAUGUGUUCUAAACCGGAGGCAUGGGUCGAUACCAUUUUCUUUCUCUGGUGUUGAUUUUUUCUUGUUAGAAGUUGAAGGCUCCGCGCUGCACCUUGUCUGCAUGCUUGUUUCCUCAUCUUGUAAUUUAGAAAGAAACUGCCUCCUGCCAAGAAUCAGUGAUGGUGUUUGGAAGCGAUGUAUGAUGAAGUAUUAAUACGCAUUUUGGAUCCUGCCUGUGUCAGUCUUUGUGAAGACGCCUUUCAGUAAUUCAUUUGUCUUCUUUGUGCUGAGGAUUUAAUUUCAUACCAAGAUCUUGCACGCAGGAUUUGGAGAAUAUCCCAUCUGGCAUUGUCAGUACAAAUUGCAUUUUUUUUUAAUAGAAAAGGGGGAGCCUCACAAAUAUCAGAUGAGCAAAAUCUAUACUUUCUCAGGCUUUGUGGAGGUCUCCUGGCAGUACUUUCCUGCUCAAGUUUUAGCUUUUCUUUUUCUAUUUUUUCUUAAUAUUAAGAGUCACAGUCCUGAUUCUUCUUGAAUAGCAUUUCAGUUGCCAUAAAAUAUAAAAUAUAGCAUGUUAAGUUAGUUUAUGUGCUUUACUUUUUUUUUUUUUGUCAAAGACUCCUGAAGUUCUUUCUGAACUCUUGGUGCACAGAUCCAUUUGUCAUCACCCUUCUCAGUAUUGCUGUGUAUGAAGUAACUACAACACAUAAGCAUGGAUAGCUGUGAAUUCUGCGCUGCCUUUUCCUUUUCUUCUGUUUCUUUUUUCCAUGAAUACCUCUUGGGAAAUAUUUCCAGUGGGUUACUUAACUUUAUGUUGCUGCUAAUUUGAGGAUUAGCUGGUAAUUUACUGUCUUGCUCCAUGUAAUUCACUGAACAUGAGCCCAUUGCCCAUUGCCCAUUGCACUCAUUCCCAUCCUCGCCUCUUCACUGGGUUUGCCUGUGAUGUUGGUGGCUUUCCAGAGCAACAGUGCUCUCUGCCAUCGAUAUUAUCAUUGCUUCCCGUGGCACAUUGACAGCCUCAUCAUUGUUUAGCCUCCACUCUAACAUUCCUGUGUUGCUUUUAUUUCCUGAGAAAGAUCCACCAAAUGAGGGACCAUCACUAUGAAGAAUUGAAUGUUUAUCUCAUUUGAAUUUUUCUGAGUUAGGUCUCAUUUGAAAUUUCUCAUUUGAAAUUUCUUAAUAGUAGCCAGGGGAUUUUAAUAACACUUUUUUUUUUCCCUAGUCAGUUAAGCAUUAGUAGAAACUAGUUUAAUUUUCACAGUGGUAAACAUUUUUAUUCUGUAGUCCUGUAGGAAUGGAUUUUUUAUUAUGUGUAAUGUCUUCUUUUAAAACUCCACAAAUCUUUUUAAUUUUCCAUGGGACCUAGAAUAAAAUUUCUAUAAUAAAAUCUAUAACUAUGUCUAUGGAAUUUAGUUCUUGUUUCAAAUUUAAUUAAAUAGAAAAAAAAAUCAGUAUUAUGGCAUUAUCUAGGAAUCAUUAAGCUAUUAUAUCUCCAUGGCUGGUAAACAAUGAAAAUUUCACUAUUCCUAACAACUAGGAAUAAUUUGAAGGCACAGAAGAGGAUAUUUUGCCCAGAAGUUUGAAGAUGCUCUUUGAAGAAUAUCUUAGGGAACACUGUUACCCGGCUCAGUUCAGUUCUUUGUGAGGGUUAGAGACUUGUUUUUUGUUUUUCUUCCCUCCAGUGAUAUUUGGCACAAUGAACACAUACCAGCUUUAGGGUUAAAAAUGGUCUGCCAAGGGCAAAAAGCCUGGGUUUCUGGUCAGCAACCAGAUGGGCCUAAUUAGUGCAGUCACUUCCUGAUAGGCACCAACUAAUCACUGCAUUUCCUGUAAGCACCACAUAAUCACCAACUUGGAUUUGUAGUGUUUGCUUGCCUAAAGAAAAAACAUAAACCUUUUUAUUCUUGAUUUCUUUUUCUGUAAAAAUGAAGUGCAUUGAGACUACCAUUUCUUAAGACAGCCCUACACCUCUGUAAUCCCUUAGACAGGUGGAAGAGCGGAAACCUGUAAGCUCCUGUUGUCUCCGACGGCCUCCUCCCUCUGUAUUUUCUCCUCCUAAUAGCCUAACUGAAAGUAAUAUGCUGGUCCAAUAAAAGUGAAUGUGGGAGUCUUUGUAGUUUGCUAAAUAUUGUCCUCUCUGUGAGGCUGCCUCAAACUCUUGAAGUCAUUCUUUCAUCAUUCAUAUGUUUUGCAAACAUUCAUUGAGCGCCUGCAUUACAUUUAAAGGCAAGCUGGAAAGCUUCAGGGAUUUGGAGUAGCUAAGGAGCCCGGAGGACACAGCUGAUCCAGCAGAGGAUGCUGAUGAUGUCCUAAAGCAGUGAUGCUCCUUCUCAGCAUAAGAUCUAAUGGGCUCAGGUCAGUUGGCUAAGGCUUGUGGUCUUCUCGAGCACGUAUGUUCUGUGUAGAAACCAAAAGUGCCCUUCUCUGGAGAUACUGCACUCAUAUCCACCAGUUCAGACUGAGCUGUCUGUGCUGUUUAGGGAUUGAAAAACCCAUUCUGCAGUCGCUGAACAUUAGAGUGUAUCUACCCAUGCUUGUAUGAGGUAGAUGUGUCGAUUUGUGUGUGUGUGUGUGUAUGUGUGUGUUGGGGGGUGUCUUCCCUCUAAUGAUCAUUUGAAAAAACAGAACAGUAGUGGCAGCUUUAGGGAAAACGAAGCAGAGAAAAGCUGUGAACCAAGCUCGUCUAUUUCAAAUUUUUAAAAAGUAGAUGGACAUCUGAUGCUCUUAUUCUGACAAAUUACUGGACAUUACUGAACAUUCUGGCAAGUUACUGUUUCUUCUAUAGAUGGUUGUUAUCAGAUAACAAAGAUACUUAGUGUUCCUGGCUUGGGUUUUUGAGAUAGGAUGCAAAUUAUAAGCACAGAUUCAAUAAAACGCAUUCUGGAGGCACACUGGAGUUUAUAUUUGUAGUUGACAAGGUCAAAAUUUGCUGACAAACCAGUGCCUGUCAUAAACACAAAACAGCUUUAGUGUGCAGGCUAUUUUGCCUUCAAUUUCAUAAAGGAUACAUUAUUGUUAAUCUGAUUACAUGUUUUGGGGAUGAGUCAUCCAAUGCUUUUAUUUAAAUAAAUACUCAGUGUCUCAUACGCCCUUUGAUCAACUCCCAAAGUGUCUUUGCUGCUGCAUUUUGAGCAUGACCAAUCAUUUUUUACCCCGAGUAAUGAAAACAAUUUUGCAUGCCCUCCAUCUAACCAAGAAAGCAUGCUCUUCCUACCUAUGCAAACAACCAAUUUAAAAAAAGACUGUACUAAAUGUUAAGUUUUAAGAACUCAACUCUUAGAUUAUGGAGCUCUAUUUUUGACUUUGUAAUUUUUAAAAUGUGGCUUAAUCAGUAUAGAUGAGCAUGAAUGUGACUUCUUGGUUUGCUUUAUAUAUAUAUUUCUCCUUACCGAUUUAUUUUUAAUCAUUGGCGAGAUUGUGUGUAAAAUAAAAAUUUUGCAGGCAGGGGUGGAAUUAGGUAUGUUGAGCAUACACAUUGAUGUACAUACUGUAUUUAGCCUGAAGACUUUCCUAAAGUAUUUUGUUCUAAAAAUAACCUGCCAUUUUCUAUAGAUUUUAAUUUUUUAUAUCUUCUAGAGUUCUAUUGUGGUCACAAGGAAAGAAUGCGGACUCAAACAGUGCUAACAAUUUUCACAUGCUUUUGUAGAGACUUAGAGCUGUUUUGGAAAGCUUUGGAGCUUCCCUCCCACUGAUCACAGGAAGAACAAGGCCCUGAAACUUAUGAUAGUGUUGCACAGUGGAUUUGGGCCUGGAUCCAUCUAAUGCUCAUUUAGAACCAGUGUUUUCCACUGGGAGAGAAGGAGGUUCGUAGCUCACUUGAGAAGCUGUUUUGAGUCUCACACGAACCCCCUGAGAUUCUCUGAGGCCUGUUCCAAGUGACUCAGCUGUGGGGAUACCCAGCAUUCAUGAGGACGGUCUAGGGAACUUGUAACGUGUGCAUCCACCGCCCAGGCUUUUGACCUAAUUAGCAUAGAGGUGGGUCCAGGAAUCACCACGUAUCCUGAGGUUCCUGCAUGUUUCUAAUCUGCAGUCAGGAUUAAGAACCACUGUGAUACACCAUCCCCUUGCUGAGAAUUAUGGUGAGAAUCACUGCCAUACACGAAGUACUCAGGAGUGACUCCCAAUUCCUCAGUUCUUCUGGAGAGGAAAAUAAAAGAACUACUGAUACCAGUCUCCUGUUUGGAAUACAGAGUGUGGAGCAUUUUGUGGGUGGCUUGAUGCCUGCCAGGGUGGUGGAAAUGGAUGAUCUUAGUUGCUAGAGUGGACAAAGUGACAGAAGGAUCUGUGUCCUUCCCCAGGGCCUUUCUCCUGGAUUCCAUGGUGGGCCUGAGACCCAUUGGGGAGGAGGGAAGUCUAAGUUUAAAAAUACGGAAGGAGAAAAUAGAAAACCUUUCUGGCCUUGGAAAACCUGUCCCUGCUUUUGAUAGAACGAUUGUCUUUUUGUAGUAAUGAAAAUAGCAACUCCCAGGCUGCUGCUGAUUUCCUACAUAGCUUGUUCUCUCCUGUAGUUCUUACUCGUGCAGAAUGUAGUUUCUGGAAUUUUUCUUAGUUUGAAUGUGAAUAUGAGACAUUUUACUUGGAAUCUUUUUUUUUUUUUUCCUUUUGGUAACUUGUUGCUAUUUUUUCAUGUAAUUUUAAAAAAAUCAAGUAGUACACAUCAAAAAUUUGGCCAAUUUAUGUUAACCUAUGGAGGCAAAUGAAAUUUAACUUUAAUCUGUGGUGAGCUGAACGCACUACAACAUCUGCAAAGUUAUCUACUGUGCUCAGGCAGUUUCAUCCUUUUUGAGCAUUAUGCUGCCUACAAAUAUAAACACAGUUUACCUGGUAUUUUAAGAAGUAAAGAUAGAAGGGAAAAUCCAGAUUGGAAAUGCUUCUUUAGAAAGGCCUUCUAGAGUAGUGAAAUGUUUUAUGAUUGUGAAAAUGCAAUAUGAGAUUUCCCAGGUGCUAUUCUAAGUGGUAUGGUGUCAUACCAAAUGGAAAGACAGUGUUUCUAAAGUUGGAGUUCUCUUUGUAGGCCUUUCAAAUAUGCGUUUGUGUUUCGUAUAGGUUUGCUCACCAAUUGUGCCUGUCACCACUGGUUAAAAUUGAAUUCAGGCCCCAUUACCGAAAUAGUUUCUUUCAUAUUUACACUGGAAUUUCUCUAGUUGUCUUAAAAGCUGCAUGUCAUGUCACUGUACACAAAAUGCUUUGGUAUUGUUCAUGCACCAUCGAAAAUUCUGUGUCAUUUUCUUCUUUAGUUGUACAAUAAAAUAGAAGGCAGGAUGUCUUUCCUAGGGGCUGGAAAAAAGUAUCAUACAUUUUAAAUUAUUUUAGACCAAGUGCAUGAAAUGUGUCACUGACUUCUGUUAUUUAUUUGUAUGUUUUGUUAUUCAAGGUGUAUGCACUUUUAAGAAACAGAAUUUAUAUUUUUAUGUUUAAAACAUUUUAUUUCUGAAACAGCAGUUAUAUAGUAUUCAGUUGGAAUUAAGAGAAAAGUGGAAAAUGUAACAAAAUAUAAUAAAUUUAUUACAUAAUGCCCUC